AUGGCUGUGCCUUUAGCAGUUCCUGCUAGACACGACCCCAAGCAGUCCAUCAUGGAAGGUCGAUCGCCUCUCACACCCACCGAUCUCGGCCUCAACACAUCCCUGUCGCCAUCCAGCAGCAUGGCUCGCCUCUUUGGCAGCACCUGUGCGCUCACCAUCCUCAAAGGCGACGCCGACCAUCCCGUCAAUGCUCGUGCACCCAUCCACCAGAAGGAGCGCGCAUCCAAACCAUCGACACCCGCCACGAACCCGCCACGCUUCGCCUCGUCCUUUUCCAGCCUGCGUUCCGCAUCCAACGCCGCCUCCUCGGGCUUCGACUCCACCGUCAACGUCCACGCCGUCGCAGAUCACGGCAUCCUUCUCCCCUUUCUCGACCGUCCCACCGAAGUCAAGGAGCUCCUGUUCGACACCAAGGCCAACGAGGCUCUUAUGUACCGACUCUGCCGCGUCUUUGGCGGCGACCCCGAGCGUCCCACCCAACGCGGCUACGACGAGCGCUGGGAUGAGAUGCUCGAGCUCCUCACCGAGCUCGAUCGUCCGCUCCUGGACGACGAGGAUUGGCUCGUCCGUCUCGAGUCGCUCGUAAUGGAGCGUUCCCCCGAGCUCUGGGCUCAGUUGGCGCGCUGCCUCGGCGCAGAGGGCCUCACCUUGCACCCCUCGGCUCAGCCUGCCUCUUCCCGCUUCGACAGCUGGGCGCUGCCUUCGAGAUACUCGCUCGGUCGCGACAAUGACAGUCCACUGUCCGCUCCAUCUCCCAGCUCUAGCAGCGGCGACGAGGACCAAGGUCACCGUCAGCGGUCUCUCUCGGUCAGCGUCGAACCCCUUGAUAACCUGCCCCAAUCGUUCUCGGAACAGCCUGCGGGAAGGAUGCAUUCGUCGUCAUUGCGCGACGCGCCUUCAUCUAUGGAAGCCAACGAAUCGUCGUCCCCCGCAGAACCUUUUGCCAUGUCGGCUGGCGACGAGUCUGGUGCGCCCGGCUCGCUCGAAGACAUCAUGGAGGAGCCUAGUCUUGCCGUUCAAGCCGGCCGAAGCGCAACCCGACGACCCCGCUCGCACUCGGGCAAGUUUGCAGGCCUUCGCAUCUCAGCCAUGACCUCUGUCAGUCCUCCUGCCUCCCGACGAACCUCAGUCACCUCGGCAUCGCUAGCUGCAGAUUCAAGCCGAGAUGCCUCGCCACUGCCCACCGGCGAGAUGUCUCCUGCAGGUCUGGCUCCGACCAGCCCCGCUCGCUCCCCUUCGCGCGGUCCUUCAGCUUCCUUCUCCAAGCACCGCAGGCUCAGCACCAUGAUGAUGCAGAACAACACGUCGCAGCAGCCCCGCUCGUCCCACGACUCGAGCCCGCUGAUGUCGCCCAAGGCAAGCAUUGGCCGACGACAACGUGGAGUGAGCGAAGCGACCGUCGGCGGAGCUCUUGCCGGCCAUCAGCACAGGCAGCCGCGCCGCCGCGCCCAGAGCUUUGCACGCUCGUUUGCCGAGCUCAAGUCACCCACGGAACAUCUCGAGCAGCUCCGCGCCGAUCACGCCCAAGCGGAGGCCGACAGGCUCGCCGAUGACACGCGUCGCAUCAGCCUGCAAGACGGCAACCUUGCUCAACCGGGCCACGCCGAAAAUGUCACCUCUGGUGCCCUCGGCCUACACGGCGACAGUCUCAGCGUGCCGAAGGAGGGCAAGCCCGCAAAGGCCGCCACCCGCCGCCACAGAGUCGGAAGCAUGGGCAGCCGCACCAGCGUCAGCAGCAUUGGGUCCACGUCCCCGUCCCUCCCCGGUCUUCUUCCCGACGGCCGCACACGUCAUCCCUCGGGAAGCUUCGGCUCUCGCGACCUGUCCGAAUCCAUCGCCGCGUUCCGCGCCACGAUGGGCAUGUCGACCUCGCCCGCAUCCAGCGAGAGCAACUUUGCCGAGAACGCCGACACGUCGUCGGACGCCGAAAAGUCCACCAGCUCCGCCGCUCGCAAGCGCAAGGGAUCCGGCGGCGCCGAGCUGCCCAAGCCCACCUCGCGGACUGCCGAGACAGGCGAGGCAAAGGUCUCGCGCACGGGCUCGCCUCGCAACAACGAGCAGGUUCAGGACCACCUGCAGCAACCCAAGCAUAUGCAGGAGCUCGAGAGCCGCAACCGCGCCGCCAGAGGAGGAGGCAGCGGCCUGGCGCUCGGAGGAGGCUUCUCGUUCGCAAAGUCGGGCGCCAACUUCCGCGCAAAGACCCACGACGACGCGCCCACAUCGCAGGCCGGCUGGCGAUCCAGCUUUGCCCGCCGCGAUGGGCCGCGCUCGCGUGGUGAGCCGUACUCGUACCGCUCGCCUCCGGCAGUGCAUCGCCGACCGGGAGGAUUUGUCUCGCUGGCUCAGGAGUACGAGAGGGCGAGGAGCGGGCGACGGGCAAGCGAGAGCGUCUUUUCGUUCAACAGCAACGCCCUCGACAGCUCGCCUUCGAGCAGCCAAGCCAGCUUUGAUCACGCGGGCGACGGAUCGAUGCCACGCGCGCGACAGGCAAGCUCGGAGGAUCUGAUUCCACGACUAGAGCUGACGGUGGCGCCGGAUAGCGGCGAGGCCUCGACGAGGAAGGGAUCGACCCCGGACGUUGGCAAGGGUGAGCCUACACCCAAAGCUGCUCCUGGUGGUGGCAUUACGCCGCGCGCAUCGUUCACGACGUCCAAGCCGCCAACCCGGGACGCGGGACUUGGCUAUCCGUUCCCCAACCUGCUCUCACGUCGAGCACCGAGCGAGGAGCUCAAGGGCGACUCUUCGUCGACGCUCGCGCCUGCGACGCCGCUGAGUCCACUGCAGGCGUGCCACACGCACCUGGGUGCGACGCCGCCGGCGCCGCGAGCCAGUCCGCGUUCGCCGAGCAUCGUGUUCCCGAUCUCGCCGAAUCCGGCGCUGUCGCGCGCGCGCGAGUUCAGCCGCGCCGUCGAGACACCGCGCUGCCAGGACGCCUUUGCGCGCGUCCGCAGCGUGUGCGGCGACGAUACGGCGAGCGGCAUCCGGGCGCUCAUCACCACGGCGGAGCGCGCCGAGCUGCCGGACGAGAGCCUGCUCGAGGAGGUGGCGCACCGCCUCGGCCUCGUCGACCACGAGCGCGCACGCAUGCGCGGCGGCCACGAGGCGGAGGACGCCGACGUCAAGCUCGCCGAAGAGGGAUACGCAGAGCGAUGGCACGCCUUCGCUGACCUUUGCUCGAGCCUUGGCGUCGGACAGUACGAACUGUCGAUGGCCAAGCGCAGGUGCGGUCCCGCCAUCGACCUGUGUGGCUGA